AUGAUUUUCUUUAUUCUUCAUCAAAUUACUAGUUUUGAACCAUUUGGUUACAGAGAUGAAAGUGAAGAAGUUAUUAUUAAUUGUUCAUCGGAAUUAAGUGGUGAAGUUGUUAUUCCUCGAACUGUCAAAGAAAUAUAUAGCAAAAGUGAAUAUGAUUAUGCCUUCAAGAAUUGUUAUUGGAAGAUCACAUCAAUUAAAUUUGAAGAAGACAGUGAAAUUAUUAGUAUUAGUAAUUAUAGCUUUUAUUGGACAAAAAUAAAAUCAGCCGAUCUCAGUAAUUGUAAUCAUCUUACAUUACUUAAUGAAUCAGUCUUUUAUAAAUCUUAUGGUUUAAAAUCAAUUAAACUUCCUCAAAACAUUUUAAGUAUUGGGGGAAAAUGCUUUUAUAUUAAUCUAGCUCUAUCAUCAAUAGAUUUACCAGAUUCUGUAGAAAUUAUUUAUGAAGGUGCAUUUAGUGGUAGUGGAUUAACGACCAUAAAUAUUUCAAAAAAUUCUAAAUUAAAAAAAUUAGAUUCAGGUUGCUUUUUUGGGACAAAUCUUAUAAAAAUUUUUAUUCCAAAAUCACUUAAUGAAAUAUCUUCUGAAGUAUUUAAUAGAUGUAAAUAUUUAGAAAAUAUAACAGUUGAUCCUGAAAAUGAAUAUUAUAAGAGUGAUUCUAAAUCUUUAUUUACAGGAACAGAUAAUUCAACAUUAUUUAAAGUUGUUGAAUCAUAUUCAGAGAGUGAAUAUAUUGUUCCUAAUUAUGUUACAAAUAUUUCCGAUUGGUGCUUUUUUAAUGCAAAUAUUUCAUCUAUUCAACUUCACAACAAUAUUUCAUGGAUUGGAAGUAGUACAUUUUCUUAUUGCACGAACCUAACAUUUAUCACAAUCCCAGAAAGUGUAACAUCUAUUGGUUAUAGUACAUUUUAUUCUUGCACAUCAUUAACAUAUAUCACAAUCCCAGAAGGUGUAACAUACAUUGGAGAAGCUGCAUUUGUUGGUUGUACAUCAUUAACAAAUAUCACAAUCCCAGAAAGUGUAACAUACAUUGGAGAUGGUGCAUUUUAUCAUUGCUCAUCAUUAACAAAUAUUAUUAUAUCUGGAAAUAAUAUAGAAUAUAUUGGGGAUGGUGCAUUUAACAGCAAUGAAAAUCCAAUAAACUUCUUCAUUCCAAGAAAGUUUAUUUUGGAUGAAAGUUCUAUCCAUACUAAUUCAUAUCCAUUUGGAAGUAAUUUAUAUAUUACAAGUCAAACAGUUUUAACAAACUCAUCAAAAGUUUUUUUUGGAGAAAAGUCAGUUCAUGUUCACUUUGAUAACACAAUUAAACUUUCAGAUCAAACAACAAUUGAUGUUCUUCAAUACAUCUCAAUUGAAAACAUCAGUAUUCCACUCUAUAUUCCUAAAACUAUUCAUAACAAUGUUUGUUAUGAAUCUAAAUUCUUCCAUCUCACUAAUCUUUUCAUAAACAUUAAUAAAGCUUAA